AUGGCAGAGUCGACGGCCAGGCAGAUCGGCGAAACCUCUGACUCGAAAAAGACACUUGUGAGCUACACGACGCCCACCGGUGACAUUCCACAACGAGUGGAUGGAGUUUCUGGAUUAUACGAAGGAAAUGUAUUCGAAGCAUCGCCGGACAGUCGUCGCCAGAUCGGCGUGUUCAGUGCAACACUACUAAUAUUUAAUCGGGUGAUUGGCACAGGUAUCUUUGCUACGCCAGGUACCAUCCUUCAGCUUUCUGGAAGUGUCGGUCUAUCACUGUUCAUGUGGGUGAUUGGCACUUUUAUCGCCAUGGCAGGCACAUCAGUCUACCUCGAAUGGGGUACUGCGAUCCCCAAGAACGGCGGUGAAAAGAAUUACCUCGAAUAUGUCUACCAGAAACCCAAAUUCCUAGCCACAGCAAUGUAUGCAGCAUACGCCUUCCUGCUGGGAUGGGCAGCAAGCAACAGUGUGGUAUUUGGCCAGUAUAUUCUGAAUGCAGCAGACGUCGAAGUCGGGCGAUGGAACCAACGCGGCAUUGGUCUUGCCUGUCUGUCAACGGCGUUUUUGAUUCACGCCAUUGCCCUGAAAUGGGGUCUUCGUCUGGUGAACCUUCUAGGAAUUGUCAAGCUUGUGAUCAUUGUUUUCAUUGCAAUCACUGGCUGGGCUGCCUUGGCAGGUCAUACAAAGAUUGAGACGCCGCAUAACUUCCACAAUGCUUUCGAGGGGACCAAAGGGAGUGGGUACAGCAUCGUCAUGGCACUGUACAACGUUAUCUGGUCAUUUAUUGGCUAUUCCAAUGCCAACUAUGUCCUCAGUGAGACGAAGAACCCUGUUCGCACAUUGAAGAUUGCGGCACCCGUGGCCGUCGGCUCUGUUGGUGUUCUAUACAUGCUUGUCAACAUUGCGUACUUUGCCGCGGUACCAAAAGAGCAGAUGCUUGAGUCUGGGACUGUGGUUGCUGCUGCCUUCUUUGGGAAUGUGUUUGGUAAACAAGCAGAGAAGGUUAUGUCGGUUUUCGUGGCCUUGUCGGCAUUUGGAAAUGUUUUGUCGGUUCUAUUUUCUCAGGGUCGAAUUGUCCAAGAACUGGGUCGUGAAGGUGUCCUCCCCUUCUCAAGCCUUUUCGCCAGCAACUGGCCCUUCAAUUCCCCCGCUGCAGGCCUAUUCGAACAUUACAUAGUUUCGGCCAUCAUUCUGCUUGCUCCGCCCCCAGGAGAUGCCUAUAACUUCCUUCUCAACCUCAUCUCCUAUCCGCUAUCAAUCAUCAAUGUUUUCGUCUCCGGUGGUCUGAUCUACGUCUACCUAAACAAAUCCAGAUUUCCCGAUUGGAACCCCAAAAUUCGGGCGACUCUCCCCGUCACCGGGUUUUUCCUGCUAUCGAACAUCUACCUCGUUGUCACGCCAUAUAUUCCCCCAGACGUCGGGCAAAAUGUCUACAAGAGUUUGCCCUAUUACUUGCAUUGCGUCGUAGCACUGGGGCUAUUCGCAAUGGGUGCCAUAUAUUAUACAGUAUGGGCGGUGCUGAUGCCUCGGCUUGGUGGAUAUGUGCUUGUCAAAGAAUCAGUUAUGGGCUCUGAUGGGUGGUCUCGCAGUGUUUUCACAAAGGUACCCAAGGGUUCAGCGCAUAAUUAA